GAAACCCUAGUCCUCCUCCUCCGCCGCCGCCGCUGCCGCAUCCACUCCUCCGCCGCCGGCGAGAAGGGGAAACCCAACCCUAGCGUGGAGGGAUGGCGGGGAAGGGCGAUGGGCCGGCAAUCGGCAUCGACCUCGGCACGACCUACUCGUGCGUCGGCGUGUGGCAGCACGACCGCGUCGAGAUCAUCGCCAACGACCAGGGGAACCGCACCACGCCCUCCUACGUCGGCUUCACCGACACCGAGCGCCUCAUCGGCGACGCCGCCAAGAACCAGGUCGCCAUGAACCCCAUCAACACCGUCUUCGAUGCCAAGCGUCUUAUUGGCCGGAGAUUUACUGAUACUUCUGUCCAGAGUGAUAUUAAGCUCUGGCCCUUCAAGGUCAUUCCUGGACCUGGUGACAAGCCAAUGAUUGUGGUCCAGUAUAAGGGUGAGGAGAAACAGUUUGCAGCUGAGGAGAUCUCUUCUAUGGUCCUCAUCAAGAUGCGUGAGAUUGCUGAAGCUUACCUUGGCACAACCAUUAAGAAUGCUGUUGUGACAGUUCCUGCUUACUUCAAUGACUCACAGAGGCAGGCCACCAAGGAUGCUGGUGUCAUUGCUGGCCUCAAUGUCAUGCGUAUCAUCAACGAGCCUACUGCUGCAGCUAUUGCCUAUGGUCUUGAUAAGAAGGCUUCCAGCGUUGGUGAGAAGAAUGUUCUCAUCUUUGACCUUGGUGGUGGUACCUUUGAUGUCUCCCUUCUCACCAUCGAGGAGGGUAUCUUUGAGGUCAAGGCCACAGCUGGUGACACACAUCUUGGUGGUGAGGACUUUGACAACAGAAUGGUGAACCACUUUGUUCAGGAGUUUAAGAGGAAGAAUAAGAAGGACAUCACUGGCAACCCAAGGGCUCUCCGGAGGCUGAGGACAGCUUGUGAGAGGGCGAAGAGGACACUCUCCUCGACUGCCCAGACCACAAUUGAGAUCGACUCCCUGUACGAGGGCAUUGAUUUCUACUCAACCAUCACCCGUGCCAGGUUUGAGGAGCUGAACAUGGACCUCUUCAGGAAGUGCAUGGAGCCUGUGGAGAAGUGUCUGAGGGAUGCCAAGAUGGACAAGAGCACCGUGCACGAUGUCGUCCUUGUUGGUGGCUCCACUAGGAUUCCCAGAGUGCAGCAGCUACUCCAGGACUUCUUCAACGGCAAGGAGCUCUGCAAGAACAUCAACCCUGAUGAGGCUGUCGCCUAUGGCGCUGCCGUCCAGGCUGCCAUCUUGAGCGGAGAGGGCAACGAGAAGGUCCAGGACCUCCUGCUGCUGGACGUCACCCCUCUCUCUCUCGGUCUGGAGACAGCCGGAGGAGUGAUGACGGUCUUGAUCCCCAGGAACACCACCAUCCCCACCAAGAAGGAGCAGGUGUUCUCCACGUACUCCGACAACCAGCCCGGCGUGCUGAUCCAGGUGUACGAGGGUGAAAGGACAAGGACCCGCGACAACAACCUCCUCGGCAAGUUCGAGCUCUCCGGCAUCCCUCCUGCUCCCAGGGGCGUGCCCCAGAUCACCGUCUGCUUCGACAUCGACGCGAACGGCAUCCUGAACGUGUCGGCGGAGGACAAGACGACGGGGCAGAAGAACAAGAUCACGAUCACCAACGACAAGGGGCGGCUGAGCAAGGAGGAGAUCGAGAAGAUGGUGCAGGACGCGGAGAAGUACAAGUCGGAGGACGAGGAGCACAAGAAGAAGGUGGAGUCGAAGAACUCGCUGGAGAACUACGCGUACAACAUGCGCAACACGAUCAAGGACGAGAAGAUCGCGUCGAAGCUGCCGGCGGCGGACAAGAAGAAGAUCGAGGACGCGGUGGAGGCGGCCAUCCAAUGGCUGGACGGCAACCAGCUGGCGGAGGCCGACGAGUUCGACGACAAGAUGAAGGAGCUUGAGAGCCUCUGCAACCCCAUCAUCGCCAAGAUGUACCAGGGCGCCGGAGCCGACAUGGGGGCCGGCGGCAUGGACGACGACGACGCCCCCUCCGGCGGCAGCGGCGCUGGCCCCAAGAUCGAGGAGGUCGACUAAGCUGGUUGUGGUUCCGUGUUGCUACGAGUUAUAAUCUACUACUGUUACGAUGGUUUUACAAUUCGGUGGUUAAAAUUUUGUAUGACGGUUGGGACAGUUCAUUGUAGCAAUGGUUGCUUGCUACGUGGAAGUAAUACUACCAUGUUAUGUUCAGUUUCGGUG